AGCUGCUUUCUUUCCUUUGUGAGAAAAAUCUGGAGGAACUCUAUCCUAACCUUUGGAUAGCCCUGAGAAUUGCUGUCACUCUGCCUGUGACAGUUGCCUCAGCUGAGAGGAGCUUCAGCAAGUUAAAAAUGAUCAAAAACUAUCUGAGAUCUUCCAUGUCCCAGGAACGUCUGAGUGGUUUGGCCAUCAUGAGCAUCAACCAUGAUGUGGGGAAGCAAAUAUCAUAUGACGACAUUAUUGAUGAUUUUGCAUCCAGAAAGUGCAGAAAGGGACAUUUUUAAUGGGACCUCAACCUUCAUUCCCUGCUAUGGCAACAUCCAGCUGCCCUCCAGACGAAUUUUCCUGCCCUGUGUGUUUGGAAAUACUGUGUGACCCAGCUACGCUUGCUUGUGGUCACACCUACUGCCUUCAGUGCAUCCAGAAGCAUUGGGAUAAAGCUUCUACAAAGGGCCAGUACUCCUGUCCUCAGUGUAGACAGGUGUUCAAUCCCAGGCCUUCUCUGGGAAGAAACAACGUGCUGAUGGAAGCCAUGAAGAAACUGAGAGUAGGAGAACAGGACGAGCGCUCUGUGUGUUCUUCCCUAACUCCAUGUGUCAGUGAACAGUCAGUGAACCCUUCUCUCCAGCCGGGAGCAAUACGGUCUAAUGGAGCUACAGGACCUGAUGAAAAGGCAACAGCGCAAGGGGGAUUAUAUCCUCAGCUCCCUUCCACUUCACCCAAGCUGUGUCCAUUACACAAACAGGUGUUGGAGUUGUAUUGCUGUGAUGAUAAAGAGAGUGUGUGUGAUGAAUGUAGCCUUGUACAACAUAAGGGUCAUCGAGUGGUGCAUCCAGAUGAAGAAAAGAAGCAAGAGCUGUCAAAAAAGAAGGCAAAGAUACAAAGAAGUAUUCAAGAAAGAGAGCGGAUCAUUCAGACAUUGCCACAGAUUUUUCAUGCUAAGAAGGCUGCCAUUCAGGGACUGCAGACAGAGAAUCUGGAGAUUUUUGGUGAAGUAAUGAAGAGUGUGGAGUUGAUGAGCUCACAAGUAAUGGAAAUCCUUCAAGCUUAUGAGGCCUCCACUUAUAAUUGUAUAGAGGGCCACCGCUAUAGACUACAGGACGAGAUCAGCCAACUAAACAAACAAGAUGAAGAGCUAAACAGACUAGCUCAAUCUCAGGACUCUAUUCAGUUCCUAAAGACACUUGACACCACAGGUGAUGUAGAUGUGGUUGGGAAUGCACAGCUGGAGACUUUACUCCCAGAGUCAGUUGAGUCUGGAAUCCGGUCAGCUCUUGAAGCUUUUAGAGAGAGGCUCCAUGACCUUUGUAAAGGAAGCCUGGCCAGUAUCUUCAGAAUUGUGAAUGAUGCAGAAAAAACAACAGUAUUGAAUGGAUCAGCGAAAUGCCCUAAUCCUAAUAACUUGCAGGCUGAUUCACAAAAUGCAGCUCCUAAAGUGACACAUGCAUCUAGCAAAAGUGACAGUAAACCUAAAACCACAACACUUCAGCACCCUGAAGCUUCCUCUGCAAAUUCAGAGAGAAAAUUGACUCGCCCAAGUCUGGAAAACCCAGCACCUAAAUCAAGGGAGGAAAUGCUAAAAUUCCGCUUUGAGCCCACACUGGACCGCAACACUGCUUAUCGUCACAUCCGCUUGUCUGAUGGAGAUCGCAAGGCCACUCUCCGUGCAGAAAAUCAGAAUUACCCAGAGCACGCUGAACGCUUUCUCUACUGGAGGCAGGUCAUGUGUCGGGAGCCUUUGGCAGGAAGUCCUUACUACUGGGAGGUGGAAUGGACAGGACAGAAGAUCACUAUUGGUGUAACCUAUAAAGAUAUUGGGCGCGCCACAAUGGAUGACCAUUCCAGACUGGGGUAUAAUAAGCACUCGUGGGGCCUGUACUGGUCAGGCACAGCCUUCUCUCUGUGGCAUGCAGGAAAGGAAACGGUGCUAGCUGUUCCUAAAGCCCGGCGCAUCGGGGUCUAUGUGGACCAGCAGGCAGGCGUGCUGGCUUUCUACAGGGUCUCUCACAACCAGGCCCACCAAAUCUGCUGUGUCGAAACUGAAUUUAGUGGGGCUCUCUAUCCUGGUUUCCGAUUCUGGACUGGUGUGGGUUCUACCAUCACUGUUUGCCAGCUGGGCUGAGUGAUGAAGGGUCAGGAAGAUCCUUAUUUAUAAACCUAUUUAACUGAUGCGGCACUGUUUGUCUCUUACUUUGUUUUUCUGUUAAAUGUUAAUGUCCCAAGACCUUGAUUUUUGAUGUUGGUGAAAUAAAUAUUCACCACUAGAUGUUGCUGCAAGCAUCUAAUUCACCGAGACAUUUCCUGUAAGACUCCUAGGAAUGGAGCACUCUAUCUGUGGCCACCUCACGGUUUGUAAAGUACAGGGUUUGGUGGUGGUGUAAUGAUUUGAAACAACCACAGAUGGGGUGACAAAUUAAAGGAAAAAUUACAGAAACUACUUUUAUAAGGUGUUGGGUCACCAUAAGCUGCUAGAAUAGCUUCAGUGCUACUUAGCAAGGAUCCUAUACCUGUAAGUGUCUGUAACUGGAAGGAUAAACACAAUUCUUCCUAAAGAUAUUGUAAAAUGCUCCCACCAUUCUGUAUGAAUGCACAAACUAUAUAGUGUCCCCUUUAACUGAAGUGUGUUAUGAAGUUUAACUGAAAAUGUGUUUUUAUAUGAAGUUAAACUGAUGAAUUUGUCAGGAGUUUUGGAUUGAUAAGAAUGUGCAUGAUGAACACUUCAUUUGUAUUUAGAAACCAUUUCUCACAUGAUGAACUCCAGUGACUGUUCAAUUCUUGUCACGGACAUUUAAUAUUCUACACAAAGAAUUUCUUUAUUUCACCAUGUACUAAUUCCAAAAACAGAAAUAUUGCAUAUCAGUUUUCAUAUUCUGUCAUUAUCUCAUCUCAUUUGAUUUCUUUCUAUAUUUCUGCACAUGGGCUUAGGUCGACUUUUCUGUUUUCUCUCUAUGCAACAUUUGGGCUUGGUCCUAAAAUCAAGUGUUUAAAGUAUCCCUGAUUUUGAAUGGCUGAUUAUACAUGUUGGAGUUUAACACAGUGCAAAAGUCAUAAAAUAGGCUCCUUCUGUCACAGAUGGUUAUUUUUGUUUUAUUACUGCCAAAUAAAGACCCCAAACAACUGA